AUCCAGCGGCAAUGUCCAGGAGAGACGAGAGAGACACGAGAGAAAAGUCCCUGUUCCUUAUAGCUCUCAUUUGUGUCCACAUGUUCUUAGUUAGAUCACCAGUUUUGCAUUUGCGGUUGUUGACACCAUCAAUAUCGGCACCCGACUGUCAUAGCCAGUUCAGCCAGCCAGCUGCAUGCACAGGUUGGAUUGACCAGCUCGAUCGUAUCGGUGCCAUCCGGUCCGUCAAUAGAUUUCCAAACCAAAGUUUAUGUGCGAAAGCGUCACCACAUUCCCUUCCGGAAAACUUGACACAGAAGCUCGAUCAUCACAAGUCAACGGCUGGACGAAGUUUGCACGAAGCAGCUCCUCUAUCAGUUUGAAUAGGUUUGGUUUGGGACUAGCUAGCUAUUGUCCAUUGUCCAGCUAUUAGACUAGGGCAUGAAGACUCCUCAAUCUUCAUCUUCGUCACAACGAGCAAGAGACACAGAAGUGGCUGCUGCUGUCCUUCAGGAACGCGUAGGCAAUGGCAACACUAGUACCAUGAGCAAUAAUUUCAGCCACAGCAAUGACAAUAAGAGCACACAUGAGGUUGUACAACAACAAUCAGGAGGUCAGGAUGCCUCGGAACGAGCCCCCUUGUUGGUAGAUACAACACGGAAUAAUAAGCCUCCCAGGAAUCCCAAUCAUGGGAGAACUCGAUCAGUAGACUUUGCGGGACGGCAGCCACCCGUUGAUUUGCGUCCCAUGGCUCCUGGGAGACACCAUCAGCGCACUCGCUCUCUAGAAGAAUGGGCCAGUCUCUUUGGGAUUGAGGGAAUUCGAGGAGCAGGAGACAAUGAUGAAAUUCAUCCUAGAGAAGACAAGCAUCGCAAACGACAGCACCACACGCCACAGCGAUCGCCUGAAAAUGAGGAGAGUCAAUCCACAGCUGAUACUAGUAGUAAUGGGAUUCCUUCGCUUCCACUUCAUUACAGUCCCUCUGCGGCUAAAAACAGAAAACACGUCCGACUGGACAGCAUUGUCGAAGCGGAAUUAGAUGAAAAUGACUACGAAAGCGACGAACCAUUACAACAACCCGCCGAUCACCAAAGCAUUCAACAACAACAACAAAUGGCAUGGUUUUCCGCGGCUGCCAUGGGAGAUUCUGAAACAUCCAUGGACGUCGAUGUUGAUGGAGCAGGAGCACAAACGUUGUACACGAGCCCUCGCAUGAGUGGCUACGAUGCCGACAACCAGAGUGUCGGAUCCAACGGGAGUAGUUCCACCGUCUACUCCCUUCCACAACAUUUGACCAACAGUGGUGGUCGAUAUUCUUACACUACUAAUAGCAGUGUAGCAGCACCCGAUGACUUGUCGUCCGUGGAUGACAAAUCGAUCGCCGAGGGAAGUCUGUUGGAUUACUCGCAUAGUCGAUCGGGUUCCCUUUCGUCCGAACGGUUGGCCAAGUUUGAACGAGAGCAAGAAAUCAUGUUUCAGCAAAAACGAACUAGUAUUCAACGGGAGCUUUCCAAUGUACUGGAACGAAAUGCCAUCAAGACGCACCGAGAGAAACAAGAGUUUAUCAACACAUACAUGGUCGAGUUGGAGAAGGAACGAGCCAAGCUGGUGGCUCAAUGGAGAGAGGAAUGGGAAAAAGAAGAAGAGCAUCUGAGACAACGAGAUCCCAAACGGAAACUGUUUCGGGCCCUGUACAAUAAGAUUGGACAGUGCUUGGAUGCACUCAUGUACUUUUUCUCCAGUUUUGAAGUGUUCAUAUCGAACAUGCCCCUUACUAUUGCUGCUUUGGCCCUGAGCUGGGUGUCCAUGGGCUGCGUUUGGUUCAAGUUCAUGGAAGAGCAGAUUGAUGAUUGCCACCACGUACAUUUCUACUCGCCACAAUGCACCUUCCCCGAGUUCCCAGGAUGCUUUGAAUGUAACUUGGAAAACAAGUGGUACAUUCUUGGUGUCAAUUUUCAUUAUUUCUGUUCCAUUGUCUCCUUCACCUUUUGCAGCAUGAUCAUGCUAAAAGUCAUCAUUGCGUGGGAUGUUGUUUUGGACGAGCUGGGCAACCCUACCACAAGUACACCCGCUGGCGUUUUCUGCAUUGCUAUGGUUUGCGUCUUUGCUGGACGAGGUCCCGUUGGAGAGAUGGUCGUUUUGAUCACCGCAACCUUCCACUUUGUGCUAGCCUUUUGGUUCUUGUACAUGGCUGUUUUCAAGUAUCAUUUGUAUCCCGACCCGGGUUGGUUUCCAAACACCGUGGGCAUAAGUUAUGCCGCUGUCAAAAGCUUCUUGUAUUUCCCUUUCUACGGUGAAAUCUUGAUGAUCCUGUGCUUGACCUUCUUCUUUGGAGUGUUCUUCGUUAGUGCGUUGCGUGUGGCAACAAACCCCAAGAUUGCAGCACCCAUUUGCUGGUUUAUGCUGUCGGCCCCAUCUAUUACCCUUUACGCUGUAACGCUCAUGGCGCAACCGGCUGAAGCCGAUGAGGUCGCCAUGGCCAACAAUCCUGAGCUAAAGGGGCACUUUGUCGACUUUUUGCAGUCUUACUAUCUCCCACUGCAUCACUUUCUUUUUGCAUGUUCACUCAUCGGUGUUUGCUCUGCCAUACAUGGCGUCUUGUCGCGCUGGGAGAAAUUCAAGGAAAAACCUUUCUCUCCCGCCCAUGUGGCCUUCUGCGCCCCUACUCUAAGCCACACCAAUGCAAUCCAAUCAUAUCGGGCAUCGAUUGAGGCACUGUCCAGCUUUCCUCCACAUGGUUGGUUUCGUACAGCAAUUGACAUUUACUGGUGCACCUUCCUCUUCACGGGGACAAUUGUGAAUUUGAUCUUUACAUACAAGUUUCUCAGACGGCUUCCCGAAUGGACAAAGGUAGACGUGGCCGAUGAGGAGGCACCUCCAGCCCCCUACGAAACCAUGACACACGAAAUGUUGGACGAUCGUGGAGCUCACGAAACAAUGAUGGCACAACCAUUUGUCAGUCCCGCCGUUCUAGAAGCAAAUGAAGCGGGUGCUCUCGUCCGUGUUCGUCGAGGUACAGAGGACUACCGACGCUACGGUCCCUUCAUUCGUACCCGCAAAGUAACUGCCCGUGGGUUUGAUCCUUCCAUGAACGAUACAGAACUGCGACAAGAGAGGGCAGCGCUCUUGGAGUGGGUUGCAAAGACUGCUCCACGGAAACGAAACCGCACCAUGAGCAUUCCUGGUGUGUUGCAUUUGCGAGACAAAGCUGGGCGUGGUGUGUACGGAACCUUCGUGGGAGGAGAUGGUGGAGUGAACGGCGCAAAUGAUGGUGGAGAUAUUGGAGAUCAGCGCGAUGUUCGACGCACUAACUCUAAGCAUACGCGAGCCAGAACGUCAGUGGAUGGCUUUUGGUAAACACAAAAAGGCUUGCAUCUCCAAGUCUGUUGUGUGCUGUGCGCACAACGGUGUUUUAGUACUGCCAGGGGCCAAUGCCCUCGGCAUGUUGCAUACAAUGCGAGGCUUGAAUUGAUAGGCAGAUGCAAUAGAUUAUAGAGUGCAAUAAUCUGUAAUCUGGUCCGGGUAAGCCGCGGUGCCUAGUUCGACAGAAGCAAUUCUCAGGGCGUUUGGAAUGCCAUCGCUUCAUUAUUGCUGCGCCAGGC